AUGUCCAUCAGAGCCAUCUUCUACAGCAAGUUUGACCCUCAAGAAGGCAAGCCAUUACUCGAUGUGCCCGAGGACUCGAUCUCGACGACCAGCGACCUGUCUGCCUCCGUGAUCGGCCCAUCUCAGACCUCGUCGACCGCACCGCUGCUGUCCUUCUCGACCAUCUCACGCUUCCUGAUUCCUCGUCAGUCGCUUUGUGGCAAUCUCAUCUCCCUGUUACCACCGCCUCUCACCCCGAGCACGCCUCCGACGCUGGUCCUAUCGUAUCCUAUCUGUUUAACCUCCCCGCAGUACCCACGCAAUGAGUUCAUCUUCAACUUCGCUCUUGUCCUGGGCGAGCCUUCCACUAUCGACGUCCCCUCAUACAAGUCGGUGGUGAAGAAGCUGGCACACCUCAUGCGCAGUCUAGAAGAACAAUCUCGGUUCUUGAGCGAGGACAAUGCGCCUCCGAAUUCUGGCAAGAUCUACAGUUUGUGUGAGAUGUUGAUGGAAGACCUGAACAACUACUGCGAAUGCAUGAUACCCAUCGACGAGUUGAAUACCCUGAACAUCAAGCUCUUCCCAACUCUGCCGAAUCCUGCUAGUGUCAAACCGUGGCACGUUCCGCUCUUCACGGUAAGAAUCGAGACUAUGGUAGAUGAGAACUGGGAUCUCACGAUGCUUCGAAUCAUUCCGUUCGUCAAUGGCGUGAACAGUGUCAAAAGGAUCGCCAUCAUGGCAGACGCAGACCUGAAGCUUACGAAGAAGUGCGUGAAACAUUUGCUCUACUAUGGCUGUGUCCUCCUGCUUGACAUAUUCAGCUUCAACGCCAUAUACGCUCCAACGGCUGAAUUUGCCAAUAUGAUCGCCAAAGACACGGAAAUGCAAAAGGAAUGCGCCAGGUACGUUAACACAGCAUUUACACCGGGCCCGCAGGAGGAAGCCAUUAUAGACAGUGCCGUCGAACGCCGGACAAGCGGCUUGACAAAUGUGACCACCCUGCACGAUGAUGAGAUCUGGCCCCUGACAGGCAAAGGCGACCCAAUCGACGGAGUCACUAUUGUCCAGCUCUUCGCCAAUCUGCGCCAAGGGCUUACCAUACGAGAAUGGUAUGCACAGAACGCCAAUUUGCUCGCUAAUAUAGACCUACGGCGAUUCGUGACUUUCGGGGUCAUCAAGGGUUUUCUGUAUCGCGUCCAUCGAUAUGCCAUCCACACGCCGAAAGCAGCGGCGGUCGUGGAUGAGGGCGAUGGGGAAGAUUUGCAGUAUCGAACCCUUACACGAAGCAUGUCCAGUGAACAUCACCUUACCGAACAAUCGUCGUCAAGUACUAAGAAGAAACAUCACGCGACUGGCAAGACCGGCAAGACCGGCUCAAACUUGAACGCUCAGAUCAUGCAGUACCUGGACGGGACUCAUUGCUUUGACGAGAUCUGCACGGAAAUCGGAUUCAGCGAACAGGAUCUCGUGGAGAGACUGAAGCAUAGAGAGAUGGGCGAAGUCACCAUCAUCUGUAGAUGA